UUAACUGAAAGCCUCGAGGCUUUUGCUCUAGGGUGUGACGUACUAAAAAGACACAAGGCUAGCUCCGAGUGCUGACACACAGCCAAGUACGCGAAUGAGGUGAUGAGGCAGCCAAGUAUCCAAUUAAGUAGAGGCGCAACUCGGGCUGUAAUUUUAUGACCCAUGAUAGUUGAGAGUACAUAGUUGUCAACCGCUCGCAGUGCUGGCCAGUCUCCCUCAUACUUCGCUUGCGCCCUUCUCCUGUAUGCCUGCGGAUCAGCGAUGGCUCCGAUCGGUAGAUCUUCCGGCUCGAAACGUCUGGCCCAGACCGUAAGAUCAUCCGCCGUGGCCUCGUGUCUUUGUUCGAGGAGCUGUUCGCGCGAACAGUAAAGGCCACGGACUCCGUAGUGUGUACCGGCGUGCCGCCAAGACCUUGCUUCAUCGGGAGGGUAAAAAGGUGACCACCUGACAGCUCCCAGGGACGGCCAGCCGAUAAGCAAUAAGCAGAAGAGAAACCUAAACACCAGGAAGGCCAGCCUUAGCGUGAUGAAUCGCCCGCAAUCCGCAACGGCGUCGCAGGUGAGUAUGACUCUCUUGAUGAUUUGGAGCGUCGGGGCGUGUUGUUAAGUUCCGUUAUUGCCUUAGGUUAGGGGAGAAGAACGAAGCGACUGCAGGUCUAUUAUCUGCGCGUUGGUCAGAUUACUCAUCGCACUAAGCCCAUCCGUUUUUGUUUAACCAAAGUGUUACCGAAGGGAGAGGCCGCCAGUUCUUCUUCGCUUCAUGAGGGAAAAAUGACAGACAGGCAUGCACACCAGGAAAGGGGUCGCUCUUGUUUGUUAUUGAUAGGGGAGUUAUUUGAUGGGAGGACUGUUGUAGAUGUUGCUCAGGAAGUCGCUGCAUGAGGAAUGAUGAGGAGAGCCACAUAGAUAAUAAGGUUUACAGAUAAGUCGUUCUAGUGGGAAGGUAUAAGAUAAAGUAGGACUGAUUAUGGAAGAGAUUGCUUGAUUUGAGAUGACUUAGUUAGCCACGGAUUGACAUUUAUCACUCGUUGACCCACUGGGGUUUUCUGAUGUGCUAGCUGCUUUUCGAUGGUCUGCUUAUGGAAGUUAAGUUUUCUCAGGUUUAUGGGUCAUUCUUCGGUUGUUUAACGGAUAUUAUUAGCUGGGUCUUAGCGUGCUACUCUCUAGUAAGAUCCGCCGUGAGAGUCCUAAAGUUAGUUGUCCACCUUUAGACUGUUUCAUUACCCUUUUCACCUUUGGUAAUGUAGUUCGGUCUCGGUUUGCAGUCGUUAAGGGAGGGUGUGAGGAUGUCGAGGGUUGGUAAUGGCAUCUCCAGGGAAGGAGGUCAAGUCAUGCGUCCGGUUUCGUUCACGGUUAGCUCAAUGAUUGUGAUUAACGACUGCCAGGGAGGGAUGGUAGCUGUAUGGCAAAUAACUAAAGGCAGGAGAGUUACUAGUUUAAAGUGGCAGGCGUUAUCGCAAACCGUGAAAUUCAAGCUGUGGCCUUGACACGAGAGGGAGGGGGUAUCGCUCGUCGAUUCUCCAACAAGCCUGAAGAUGCUCGGGCACGCACACAUGAUUGCUGAAAGUCACUGAGCCUGCUGGGCUCCACUCAUCAUCUUUGACAUCUUCCAAACUGUAGGUUUUAGGUUUUGAGGCCUAGAGGGUUAACAGCUGCAAAUAAGUGCUAGGGCACUUGCCAGAGAUAAGUGCAAGGGCACUAGAUAACUAGAUGGUGUGUUCACUGGAGGAGCCUAGCGAUAUGUAUAGCUGAAGGCCCGUGCUCAAUCAUUCGAGUGGCUGGGAUUCUAAUUAUACGACCGAGUGGGUCGAGAGACAACGCGGAUUAUUUCAACAUAUGCAGCAAUAUUAUAAAGAGUUACACGUAGACCUCGGUAUACUCUUUCAAGCUUCCAGCUUUUAGAGUUUGUACUGUGUCCAUAACGGUCGAGAUCACUCUUAACUGAGAGUCUCGAGGCUUUUGCUCUAGGGUGUUACGUACUAAAAAGACACAAGGCUAGCUCCGAGUGCUGACGCACAGUCCAGUACGCGAAUGAGGUGAUGAGGCAGCCAAGUACCCAAUUAAGUACCGGCGCAACUUAGGUUGUAAUUUUAUGCCCCAUGAUAGUUGAGAAUAUAUAGUUGUACAUAUGCAGCAAUAUUAUAAAGAGUUACACGUAGACCUCGGUAUACUCUUUCAAGCUUCGAGCUUUUAGAGUUUGUACUGUGUCCACAACGGUCGGGAUCACUCUUAACUGAAAGUCUCGAGGCUUUUGCUCUAGGGUGUGACGUACUAAAAAGACACAAGGCUAGCUCCGAGUGCUGACACACAGUCCAGUAUGCGAAUGAGGUGAUGAGGCAGCCAAGUACCCAAUUAAGUAGAGGCGCAACUUAGGUUGUAAUUUUAUGACCCAUGACAGUUGAGAAUACAUAGUUGUGCAUAUGCAGCAAUAUUAUAAAGAGUUACACGUAGACCUCGGUAUACUCUUUCAAGCUUCGAGCUUUUAGAGUUUGUACUGUGUCCACAACGGUCGAGAUCACUCUUAACUGAAAGUCUCGAGGCUUUUGCUCUAGGGUGUGACGUACUAAAAAGACACAAGGCGAGCUCCGAGUGCUGACACACAGUCCCGUAUGCGAAUGAGGUGAUGAGGCAGCCAAGUACCCAAUUAAGUAGAGGCGCAACUUAGGUUGUAAUUUUAUGGCCCAUGAUAGUUGAGAAUACAUAGUUGUACAUAUGCAACAAUAUCAUAAAGAGUUACACGUAGACCUCGGUAUACUCUUUCAAGCUUCGAGCUUUUAGAGUUUGUACUGUGUCGAUAACGGUCGAGAUCGCUCUUAACUGAAAGUCUCGAGGCUUUUGCUCUAGGGUGUGACGUACUAAAAAGGAAGAAGAAGUGGAAUCACCUAAGCAGGAGUCGAACUAAAAGACAGAAGAAAGCGAGUCUUAACCGUUAAGAAGUGAGCUUGAGUCCUGAAUUCAACUUCGUGGAUCCCAGACUUUCUUUGGUUACACUGAUGUAGCAUCUCAGGGGAGAUUUGCGGAAGAGAUUUGUUGGCUUCACAAUAGAUUUGAACUUGUUCUUUUCCAAGGUAGGAUGAGUUUUCCUCUGAAUCACUGUAAAACCUGAGAGAAGUCGUUUGGUUCAUUCCGUAGGCGUGCUGAUUUAGCUUGUGCGCCAGUCUCCUCCGCCUGCGUGUGUUCAUCCUUUAUCGACUUCAGGUUUUCUUGCGACCACUAAAAGAGAACACAAAAUUGC